AUGACCAAUGAGGGAAUGGACCCGACAGAGGUGUCUUACACAGAUAUGGAGCAGCGUCCCUCCGAAGAGCCAUUUGCACCCGGCACCGUUCGAUUAGAAAGGAGAGGCAUUUCAACCGGCCACCGUGAUGGCCAGUUACUCCUCCAGCCUCAGCCCUCUGAGGAUCCGAAUGACCCUCUUAAUUGGUCAAGGCGAAGGAAAUUUGUGAACUUUAGUAUCAUUUGUUUCUAUGCAUUAAUGACUUUUACCAUACUCGAUAUCGGCCCCGCAGCCUGGCAAGACUAUAUCGACGAGCUUGAUAUGUCAUGGGCACAACUCAAUGCCACUUUUGCUUCAAACACUGCCGGCCUGGCUGUUGGGUGUAUCAUUUUCAUACCAUUCACGUUUAAAUAUGGAAGAAGGCCAGUAUAUAUUAUAAGUACCAUUGUUACAUUAGCGAUGUCCAUCUGGCAAGCUAAACUGAACUCUUUUGGGGAGAUGGUAGCAACCCAGGUUAUAUCUGGUCUAUCAGGAGCUGUGAGUGAGACUCUAGUUCAGAUGACAGUUACCGAUAUGUUCUUCGUUCACCAGAGAGGUACCAUGAAUGGUCUGUAUCUGCUCAUGGUGACCAUUGGGACCUUCCUAGCACCCGUAGCAUCAGGGCUCAUUUCCUUUUCUGAGGGGUGGCGAUGGAUGUACUGGUGGACGACCAUCCUCAUUGGCAUCAACGUCCUAUUAUUCGUGUUCUUCUACGAAGAAACACAAUUCAUCCCCCAAAAUAGGCUGGACUUACGCACUUCUCCUAAUAACAGUACCCAAACUACAAACGAAACAUCACAAGGGGAAGCAGAGGCUAAGAAGCAAAUGGAAGCCUCCCGGUCUCUAAAUGUGGUGCCCCAUUCCUUCACCGGGAUCAACCACUCUAUUCCUAUGAAACCCUAUCGCGAACGCCUCGCCUUCACCACCACAACCAACAUCCCAGCUAACCAAAUCCUCCGCCACACCUGGCAACCAUUCGUAAUCAUAGGUACCAUCCCCGCCAUUGCCUAUUUAGCGCUACAAUACGGCGUGAUUCUAGCCUGGUUCUCCAUCCUCGUCACAAGCGAAGCAGAAUACUUCGUUAUUGCCCCUUAUAACUUUAGUGAAGUCGGCAUCGGGCUUCUUCAGCUGCCCGCUUUCAUCGGUUGCUUGCUUGGCUUUAUAUGGGGCGGCCCUAUGAGCGAUUGGUCAAUUCUGUGGUUUACGAGAAGGAACGGCGGAAUCUAUGAGCCCGAGAUGCGUCUUUAUUUUGCCCUUUUGCCCGCUCUUGUCGGGCCUGUUGGGUUGCUUUUGUAUGGAUAUAGCACAGCGGCGGGUAUGCCGUGGAUCGUGCCUUGUAUUGGGACUGCAAUGUUUGGCUUCACCGCUACUUCCUUGGGUGAUAUUAGCUUGACAUAUCUCUCAGAUUCAUAUUAUUAUUGGUGA